UUCUCCUCUCCUCUCUCCAAACCGCACAGCAGCAUCAUCAUCAUCACCACUCGCUCCAGAGCAACAGCCUCGUGCGCAUCAUCACCUCCAUCCUCCUUCUCAUCCUCAUCAGCUCCACCAUCUCCAGCCUGAAGAGGGACCACACACCCGCGCGCGCACGCAGGAGUAAAAGACACAAGAAGAGUCUGUUGCCUGUCGCGUCAGGUGUGCUGAGAGUCAACUCUUCAGGUCCGUGAACAAACUGAAGCACCGGAACUUUCACACAACCCUUGAGCCCCUUUUGCAUCUCCUGAACCUCUGUAAACAUGGAGGACGGUUACCAAAACCGGACUGCCUUCAUUAAAGGUGCCAAAGACAUUGCCAAAGAAGUCAAGCGGCAAGCUUCCAAGAAGGUCGGGCGUUCGGUGGACCGGGUGAGCGACGAGUACAGCAGACGCUCCUACAGUCGUUUCGAAGAGGACGAUGAUGACGACUACCCGACGCAGGCAAGCCAGGAUGGAGGUUACUACCGCGAAGACAGCCAGGCGGCCAAUGAAGAUGAGGGCGGCCACAGCGACUCCACAGAGGGUCACGAUGAGGAUGACGAGAUCUAUGAGGGCGAGUACCAAGGAAUCCCCAGGGCUGACUCAGGCAAAGGAAGCCUUGCUGGAGGCCCAGGCACCAUCGGUGAUGGAGCUCAGCAGUUCAGAGACAUCGGGGCGUCUGAGGCCGAGAGGAGGAAGGACCAAGAGGAGCUGGCUCAACAAUACGAGACCAUCUUGCAAGAAUGUGGUCACGGGAAAUUCCAGUGGAGCUUGUACUUUGUGCUGGGGUUGGCUCUCAUGGCCGAUGGCGUUGAGAUCUUCGUGGUCGGCUUCGUCCUGCCCAGUGCUGAGAAGGACAUGUGUCUGUCUGAACCCAACAAAAGCAUGCUAGGUCUGAUUGUGUAUUUCGGGAUGAUGGUCGGGGCUUUCCUCUGGGGGGCGCUGGCUGACCGGAUAGGUCGUCGUCAGUCUCUUCUCAUCUCGCUCUCCAUCAACAGCGUUUUCUCCUUCUUCUCCUCCUUUGUCCAGGGAUACAGCACUUUCCUCUUCUGCAGACUCCUCUCAGGCGUUGGGAUCGGUGGAUCAAUUCCCAUCGUGUUUUCCUACUAUUCCGAAUUUCUGUCCCAAGAGAAGCGUGGCGAGCACCUGAGCUGGCUCUGCAUGUUCUGGAUGAUGGGGGGAAUAUACGCAUCUGCUAUGGCCUGGGCUAUUAUCCCACACUAUGGUUGGAGUUUCCAGAUGGGCUCUGCAUAUCAGUUCCAUAGCUGGCGUGUGUUUGUGUUAGUGUGCGCGUUUCCCUCUGUGGCAGCCAUCGCUGCCCUCAACGCCGUGCCAGAGAGCCCGCGCUUCUACUUGGAGAAUGGCAAACACGACGAAGGCUGGAUGAUUCUGAAGCAAGUCCACGACACUAACAUGCGGGCGAAGGGAUACCCAGAGAAGGUGUUUUCUGUCACAACAAUCAAGACGGUGAAACAGGUGGACGAGUUGGUGGACACCGGCACUGACACUCCAGUCUGGCAACGCUACAGACUGAAGAUUAUGAGCCUCUCCCAUCAGAUCAGGAACAACAUUGUCGCCUGCUUCAGUCCUGAAUACAAACGGACAACCUUCAUGCUCAUGGCUGUUUGGUUUAGCAUGUCUUUCAGCUACUACGGUCACGUGUGGUUCCCAGACAUGAUCAAGUACAUCCAGAAGCAGGAGUAUGACUCAAAGACAAAGACCUUCACCAAGGAGCGAGUGGAGCACGUCACGUUUAACUUCACCCUGGAGAACCAAGUGCAUCGUCAAGGACACUACUUCAAUGACAAGUUCCUCAACCUGAAGAUGAAAUCCAUGGUGUUUGAAGACUCCGUGUUUGAGGAGUGCUACUUUGAGGACAUCACCUCCACUCACACCUUCUUCAGAAACUGCACCUUUGUCGCCAGUUUGUUCUACAACACAGACUUGUUCAAAUACAGGUUUGUCGACUGUAAACUGCUCAACAGCUCAUUUAUCCACAACAAGGAGGGCUGCAUUCUGGACUUCAGCGACGACUUCAACAAUGCCUACAUGAUAUACUUUGUCAACUUCCUCGGCACGUUGGCGGUGUUGCCUGGCAACAUCGUCUCGGCUCUGUUAAUGGACAAAAUUGGCCGUUUAAGGAUGUUGGCGGGAUCCAGCAUCAUAUCCUGUGUCAGCUGUUUCUUCCUGAUGUUCGGCAACAGUGAGUCGGGAAUGAUCGCCCUCCUGUGUCUGUUUGGCGGCAUCAGCAUCGCUUCGUGGAACGCGCUGGAUGUGAUAACAGUGGAGCUCUACCCGUCUGAUAAGAGGACCACAGCGUUCGGCUUCCUGAAUGCUCUCUGUAAGGUGGCGGCCGUCCUGGGCAUCAGCAUCUUCCAGUCAUUUGUCGGCAUCACCAAGGCCGUACCCAUCAUAUUUGCCGCUGGCGCGCUCGCUGCAGGUAGUUUCCUUGCAACCAAGUUGCCUGAAACACGAGGCCAAGUGUUGCAGUAAAAGAGAUGGCCAGCAGUGGGCAGCAGAGUACAGCUGGAGUGUGUUUGACAAACCAGAGAGAUUCAGCGCUGCCCCAUUGCACACCAAGAGAAUAGACUGCCAUCCCAUUGUAAGCCCAGAAUCCUUUGAAAUAUGGAUCGAGUCUUUCAAAGUCCAAACAGACCCACAGAGAUUAACAGAAGAGCACACAGAUGUAGAAAUAAACACCUUAAUUCAGCUGUGCUGUCAGGUUUGAUCUGAUCUUUAACAAAAGUGUGCUAUCGACAGGGUGAAGUGGAAAUGUGCUGUUAGGAUAAAAAUGCCCACAGUGAAAAGACAGAGUGGUCAAAUGAAACAGAAAAAAAAGCCAUUUCUGGAGGAACGUGUGACAAAAUUUCAUCCAUGUUUGUGACUGUUUUUCUUUGUCAUCUGUCAGUCACCGGCUUUCAGUGCUGCUUUUUACUCACACUCGGAUGCUCAUAGAUGUGUUCGUAGAUUUCCCUUUGAAAAGACCGUAAAUAUUAACUCACAGGUUGAUUACGUUUCUCUAAAAGCACCAACGACCCUUCGCCACCCGCUGAGCACUGCAGAUUUCUACUACAUUACAUAAAAAGAAGACUGGAACCAGACACAGAAAGUUUCAUUCGUCCUGGUUCAGUCUCUUCUUAAAAAGCUCAAAACAUAUAGUUGAAGUUACAUUUCACAGGAUUCUCAGUCGUAAAUGGGACUCGUUCCUCUGUGUUCAGUGUUUUCCCUCCCUGUCGUUGAACCCUCCGGCUGUCGCAGUCUUCUGAUCGUCACAGGGACAGCUGUGGGACGGAUUUGUGCUGUAUUUAACGUGAGAGCAGAUACACAAGUGUAAUAUUUGCUGAAUAAUUUGCACGAGUGUGUUUUAUGUCAGUGUGUUUGUGUGUGUGUGUGUGUGUAAAAGUACACAUGUGGGAAAGUGUGAUUCAUCCCUGUAGACGUCAACAUUUCAUGCAGAUCAGACUAAUUACCUUUUGUUAAUCAAAUCAAAUGAUUUGAUGAUUUGACGCAGUAGCUCAGGUGUAGUAUGAAUACUCAAGUACGUCUACAGCUAAUAUCAUUUUAGCACCACUGUACCACAUUAGUGAACCGGCAGGUUAUUGAUUAGCCUUAUAAUGAAAAAAGUCACAAGAGUGUUAGAGUUCAUGUUUGACUGUGGUUAAAAGUCAAAGUCAUAUCACGAGAUUUUUCCAAAGCGACUUUGUGUUAAGAUUUAUGCUUUGUUGACGUAGAGGGGUUGUGUUUUGGUUUUCACUUUGACAAAAACGACACAGUUUACCCUCUUAAAUGUCCCUUGUGCCCCCUAGAGGUCAUGAUAUGACUUUAUUGGCUUUGUAAGCACAAACAGGACCAAAAGAAGAAAAAGUCUGAUUAAAUCAGGUACAGAGGCACAAAGAGAAAAAACAGACUAUGAAAAGAAAUUCAUUUUUAAGGGCUUAAAUGAGUUUGGUCACUGCCUCCACAUCAUAUCACAAAAAGUGAAAUCUUUUACAGUGCUUCUGCAUAGUACUGUUAAAAACUCUUUGAACUAAAUUAGACCGAAUCACCCUAAAAGGGAAGCUAAACGAGUUACUUACCUCACUACUUCACUAUCAUUUCUCCAAAGGUAUACAUUAAUAUGUGUGCUGACAAUCAGUGAGUGAGUACAUGUGUGCAGUGUGUUGACUAUGGAUACAUGUGUGUGUGUGUGUGGGAGAGAGACACAGAGAGACGUUUUGUUAUUGGAAUUGUUGGACAUUGGACAUUUUAAGAAGUUCUUUUCACUUUUUAAUUUGUUAGCUUAGCUUAGCCUGAAAGAGGGGCAAACGGCUAGCCUGGCUCUUCGCAAACAUUAGCAAACAACUAACAACAACUUUUUAGUUGACUUUUUGAUAUCUGUGCACAUUAAAGAGAGAUGUUGAUUGAUAUUGUCACAUAUUGGCAGAGAAAUGCUGUUUUACCCAGGUUUUACACAAAGCUAACUCACGGCUAACUUCAGCUUCAUAUUCAGCUUGUUGUAAAGCAGGGGUCUCAAACUCAGCAUGUCCAUGUGGGCCCCAUAAUGAUAUUAAUCAUAAUAAUAACAAUAAUAAUAAUAACAAUAAUAAUAAUAAUAAUAAUAACAAUAAUAACAAUAAUGCAUUUUAUUUAUAAGCACCUUUCCAACAUUCCAGGACACUUUACAAAGACAAACAAUGAUAAAAAUAGACAACAGGACGACAGUAAAGCAGACAAUGGAGUGAAAUUAUAGAGAGUAGGCUAUUUUGAAGAGGUGGGAUUUGAGUCUGGAUUUGAGUCUGGAUUUGAAGAGGGGAAGAGAGUCAGAGUUGUGGAUUCCAGAGAUGGUGCUGAGGCGGGCGGAGGGCACAGUGAGGAGGAUUUGAGGAGGAGGAUCUGAGGGAGCGGGAGGAGGUGGUGAUGUGGAGGAGGCCGAAGAGACACGGAGGGGCGAGGUUGUGGAUGGCCUUCAAAGCAUACAGGAGUAUGCUUUGUUUGAAUUGAAUUCUGAAAUUAACCGGGAGCCAGUAGGAUGUAGGGUUGGGGUGAUGUGGUGGAAUGAGGGGGUUCUGGUGAUGAUCUCUGGACCAGGCCCUCCAGGCCAUAUCAUGUGGCCCACCACUUAAAAUCGAGUGAUAAUGGAAUUAAUUCUGUAUGUUUUUAUUUUCUUUAGUAAUAGAUUCAUUUUGCAUUUUGUAAUUGUGAACAAUAUAUCAUUCCAUAUCAACACGGACACUUUUAUUUUGAAAUUCUGUGAAACAUCUAUUAUUGCGAUUGCGUAUUUUGUGAUAUUAUUUUAAAGACAUCUGACUAGACUCUAUGCUCAGUGGCCCCAAGGUCAUUUGCGUUUGAGAGCCCUCUUGUGGUAUCAAUUUUCAUUUAACUCUCAAACGAGAGUAUUUUCCCAAAUGUCUUAUCUAUUCCUUUAAUGUUGUCACUCUGAGAAUGAAGUCUCUCUUUUUGCUGAUUGCGUGCAGAGUCUUGCGAGUGUGCUGUGACUGUGAACGACUUUGUUCCAUCGUGUUCAUGCGUGCGAGGCUGUCUGGAUGUCGUUGCCGUGCGCAUGUGUGCAUGCGUGUAUAAGCUGACUGUAAAUCGUCUGUCACAUAUUUUUCUACUUUUUUCUGUUGCGGUACUUUCAUCCCUGUGAUGAAUACAGCUCAGAUGGGGACCACGGAAAUAUAUUUAGACAAGAGGAAGAAAAAAAAACCCGACAAACAUCCUAAUGCAAUAUAUGCAGUGCAGACUUUAUUGUGUUGUUCUUCAUUAUGGACUCUGGUGCUCUUUUGCUGGAACAAUUCAGUCUUUCAAACAAAUCCCACGAGAGAUAACUAACCCUGGAGAUAACAUGCGGUCUGUUCUUCCGGUUUAGAAACACGAUAAUAGGAUCACAUCUUAAAUUAAGACGACUCCACCCUCCAACCCUUCUGUAUUCAACCAAUUGUGACGCAUGUUUGUAACGUAUUGUCUGACUUUUUGGACGUCCUGUAUGCCAGCUGUUUUUGUCUAAAGCAAGAACUUGUGUUUUCAUUGUUGUAUGAUGACAUAGAUUUGUUGCUUGCAGUGAUUGUUCUUAAUCAAAGUGGGGUUAAAAUUGGUAAAACUUGAGUAUGUGUUCAUGAAAGUACGUUAGUGGUGACUGUGACUCCUUGUUUACCUUGGACCCAGGUAACUUUUUGAAUAUAUUCAUAUAUAAAUAUAAACUGUAUAUGCCUGAAUUUCUGAGGAAGACGCUUUUACUUCGUGCAAUUCGUCUUGCAGAGGUACAAGAUAUAGCUGUGGAAGGAAAAAAAUGGGGCUAAUGCACUGAGUGAAGGGAGCUGAAAAUGAGCGUCAAUUAAUCAACCGAUUUGAAGGAAACGUGUUUGUCCCCGUGAGUCCAUAAAAAGGGAGAGAGCCGAAAGCAAUUAAGCGGAGGCUUUCUCUGAGGAAACGGGAAUAUUAAACUCAAAAGGACCAACUCGCCAAAAGAACAUCCUAUGUCAAAUUGAAGCUCCUGUCCAAAAAUGUUAACUAUGUAAUGUUAAUGUGUAAAGGUUUAUAUUCCUACAUACAGAUAUUAGAUAUAUAUAAACUAUCAAAGGGUUAUUGGUUUGAGUUUUAUCUCUAAUGAUAAUGGCAGUGGUGGUAGGUGGUCAAUACAGCUAAUUCAGCCUGAAGACUUCCCCUAAUGAUGAUAAAGUGGUGGUCUGAUAAAGGGGAUGGAGGACUUUUUAAUGGCAUGGUUUGUGAUCUUCUCAACUCUUAAGAGCACACAGAUCACUCCCGAAUGAAUCAGGACCGACCCAUGCCAGAAAACAACUCCUUCAUCUGCUCAGGACUGAACAGUGUCGUCUGGACCGAACGAAGGAGUUUGUGUUAUGUUUUUUCAAAUUUUCUUUACUUUGACUCUGACCUGUUUAUGAAAUGAUUUCAAGUUCUACUCUAAAUGUGAGUUAAAUUCAAAAAUCAGUGUACUGUGUGUAGGAACUGUAGAUGUUUGUAUGUGUAAGUAUGGAAUUUGUGGAACAAAAGAUCAAGGAAAACAAUUCCUAAAAAUAUGACACAAAAAAUCUA